GACAGAAACGUGACUUCUGUAGUCAGACAACUAACUAAGUCACCUUGGGUUGUUAACAAAUGGGUUUUAUUCAAGAAUGUCUGUCAUUGUGUGAUUUAUAAUAAUCGCACGCCAUCGUGUGGUCAUUUUCGGAACUGUAGUCACAGCUGCUCUGGGGCGCUCAUGCGGUUUAGACCAGUGUGUUGGUGAAGUAUGUUUCACUUAUCCGGAAGUGUCUGUUCACUGACUGCGCAAAGUCUGAAGUGGAGCAGCUGUGAGAAUUUGAAGAGAAAGAGUGAAGGAGGAGAUGUAUUUUUGGCGUUGUGUGUGUGCUCUCGUUUUAGGCUUGGUUUGGUAUUUUUCUGAGUCCGAAUAUUUUGUGCUCCAGGUGGGUUGCUGUGCGCUAUGUUUCCUUAUGGAUUUUUUAGGAGGAGGUAACAACAAAGUUUGUGAAAGUAGCACCCAAACGGACUGUCCCGCUGAUGAAGCUAUAUCUCAGCAAGAAGGUGAGACUGGCCAUAUAGUUGGCAGUGAUGUGCCAGAUAGCGCAGUCCAGAAUGUACAAAAAGCAUCUCGGCAGUCACAGUACCCAAAUAUCCAGAGGUCACUUCAACACUUGUUUAAGUGUGCCUACACUCACCUGGUCCUGCCAUGGAGCACUCCUCCAGAACUUGGAGACAGUCAGCCCCUACAUACAGCAUUACUCACUGAAUUUAACUCUGUCAUGGAUGAGAUCAUUUGCAAGGCCAAGGACUUGGAUCUCCCAGUUACUGCUCUUGGCUGCAUUCAGAUCUUCACUCGGCACCUUCAGAACACAAAGCAGUCAGAAGGUUCCCCAGCAUUCAGUUCUAAGGCUGAAGAGAUUGCUGUUAUUAGGGAGUUCUGUAAAGCCCUCAUACACACCCUUUUCCCUGAACACCUCUGGGAACCAAAUGUCUACUACUGUGCCCUACAGGAAAUACUGGUUAUGAAAGCACUGGCAUUUGUCACAUUGCUCUCUGACCCAGACAGCUUGAACCAGCUAAUCGUUUCUCAGCUGGACCAGAUGUCUGCAGAAAACCUGAUGGAGGAAGUGCGUGGUACAGACACAGACGUUCCUUCCUCAAAAUGGUGUGAGAGCAGUGAUGUGUGGCAAGGUGAGGCAGAGGAUCAUCCAUUUGAAGAAGGCAAAGCCAAAAAGAAAGGCAAUAAACUGAAAGCGAAGCUUUCUAAGGUUUUAAAUAGUAUAAAACGGAAGAAAGCCAAAUUAAAGCGGAAGGAGAAAGACAUAAUAGAGAAGGCUGUGUCAUUCCGCAGGCCUGCAGUAAUGGAAGGUGAUGGUACAAGCAGCAAUGAGGGCUCCGUCUGUGACAGUGACGACAAUGAUGGGGAAAGUCUUACAGGUUCCCUCCAGAAGGAUAUAAUGGAAUUUAAGCUCUCCUACGAGAUGUGGAGGGUUGGAAAUUGGGCAGUUACUGUCACUAAUGUCCAGAUGGAAAGAAAAGAGUUGUGUUUUACAGUUCACUUGGAGGAAAUCAGCAAUCCUGAGAACCUCCACUGGGAUGUGAAAAAGAACCAGUCAGACAUAAUCCAGUUUUAUAAUCAAUUCAAGGAAACAGGACACCUGUCCUCCUUAUUGGCAAUAGUGGAGAAGCCAAAAACAGAGUGGAAUAAGGAGGAAGCAAGAGAAAUUUUGGAACAGUCCUUAAAAGAUCUGAUGUUGAAUCCAGAGCUUGGUGACUCUGAGCUUGUGUUCGAGUUCCUUGGUCCAAUUGACCGGAUACUGCAUGAAGAAGAGCAUGAUGAUGAAGGGCUGUGGGUUCUUUUGGGGGGGAUUGCAUCCUUCCUCACUCCUGGCCAAGAUGACGAUGAGCUUAGUAACCUCAAAGGGGAUGAGAAGCAACAUGAAGUCAUGUAUGAAUGCAAUGCAUCAGACGCCACUCCUCAACAUGAACUGGAUGCUACACAGCCAGUAUGUACAGACACCUUAGAGAGACAAGACAAAGAAACUGAAGAUGAGUCAUUGGUAGCAGAUGGAGGACACUUGCCCACACCUGAGCAGACUUCCCCCUGUAUGACUGAAGAACAACCCACAGACUACACUGCUCCUCCCUCUGAUCUGCCUGACGGGAUUCCUGUUGGAAUUCAAAGUGUUGGUGUAAAUAUAACACAAUUUGCAGCCAAGAUGAAAUACCCUAAAUUCGAACAUAAUGUUAAACGACACGCUUCAGCCUUCAGUUCAUCUGAACGUGAUGAGGAUAGUUCGAUCCAUUGCACAACUGAUGGUGUUUCUGUCUGCAAUUAUAAUGGCAAGGAGGAAAAUCUCCCUCACAGAAAAUCAUCAGAAACAGGCAAACCUGAAAAGAAGGAGGAAGAAUCUCAUCCUGAAGUUGAGAUAUUGAGUCAGCCAACAGGAGAGAAAAAAAUGUCCAACUCCUGGGAACAACCUGAGGCCAAUAAGGUGAUAUUUGAUUUGCUGAAGGAAAUUUCUGGAAAUUCAUACACCUUUAAAUUAAUGAAGGCUGUUGUAACACCAUUCAGCCCACUGAUAAAUAAGAAAGUGAAUGCGUUUUUGAAAAAGAUGAAUCCUUCAGAAGCUCAGAUUGCCACCUACAUUGAUAGCCUUUGUGAGAACAUAUGGCCUGACGGAGCUGCACCUCAGCCUCCAACUCAAAGCAGUGACAACAAGAAUGAGACCAAGCAGAAAGCAAUGCAGAUCAUGACUUCCAAGUUUGCAGGCUUUGCAAUCAUCAGCAAGACCAAUGUGGAGAGCAUUUUCAAGAUCUUUCAGAAUGCAGAAGAAAACAAGAAGCUGGUUUAUAUGUUGCUGAGAUACCUCCUGAGAGAGUUUUUGCAUACAGAACUUGGAUUUCCAAGCUAAAUGUGAAGCCUACUAUUUAAUAUCAACAGACAGUUUUAAGUCUUGAUUAGAGACCAUGUCCUAUUUUAUAAAAAUUAUUUAUUUCUAUGAGACUUUUUUUUUUUUUUUCCAAAACCACCUACAAGUGAAACAGAAUAUACCUCCUAUUAAGGACUUUGUUCAACGGCCCAGCAGUAUCUCUCUGGCAGCUUUGGGACUAGGACUCGCAACUUUUUGGUUACUUGUUGAAGAAAGCACUCUUUAUUUCUUAAAAUACAUUGCACGUUGUUUAUUCAUCUUCAGUAGCCAUGUUAUCCGGGUCAGUGUCGUAGUGGAUCCAGAGCCUAUGCCUAGAAUACACCCUUGAUGGGAUGCCAGUCCAUUGCAGGGCUCCUUGCAUACACAUAUUCACACACAGGUGGAAUUUAGCUGAGUUAAGCCACCUACAUACAGAACCUGGAAGAAACAUGAAACUCUUCACAGACAGUAACCUGAGCUUGAGAUUGAACUAGGGAUUCUGGAUCUGUGAGGCAUCAAUGUGAACCACUGCAUCACCAUGCCAUCCUAAUUGCACAUUGUGCUUGGCAUAAAAAAAAAUUAUGUAAUAUGUACAGCCAGAAAUAUAAAUAUUUGGACACUGAUAAAGUUGACAAAGUCAUCAUUAAUUAUAAUAGUAAUUAUUUUAGCUGUCUAUUGCAGGAUAUUGGAGUAUAAAUGUACACGAGUUUAAAGUGCAGUCUUUCAGUUUUGAUUUGAGCGCAUUUACAUCCAAAUCUGGGAAACUGUAGGAAUUACAGCGCUUUUUAUGCAUGGUUCCCCCUUCUUAAGGGACCAAAAGUAAUUGGACAGACUAACAUGAUCAUAAAUUAAAUUGCCAUUUUUAAUACCUGGUUGCAAAUCCUUUGCAGUCUAUGAUUUCCUGAAGUUUGGAACCCAUAGACAUCACCAGACACUGAGUUUCUGGUUUCCCUGAUGUGAUGCUCUGCCAAACCUUUACUGCAGUCUUCUGUUUUUUUUUACCUUAAAAAAUCUUGGAGUGGCUUUCGAAGUAUGCUUCGGCUCAUUGCCUAUCUGCAGUUGACCUUUGUCUCAUCUAUCUAUAGGAUGUUGUUCCAGAACUGUACAGGCUUUUUUUUUUUCUUUCUUUUUUUUUUCUUCUCAUCUUAAGGUAAACCCUCUAUCUACUCUGGUGAAGUCUUCUCUUGAUUGUUGACUUUGAAACAGAUACACCUAUCUCCUGGAGAUACGCCGGGAGUUCUUCAUCUGGCCAACUGUUGUGAAGGAAAGAAAUCUUCUGUCAUCGAAAACAGUUCUGUGGUGUUCUGGGCCUUUUGGUGUUCCUGAGUUCACCAGUGCAUUCUUUCUUUUAAAGAAUGUACUAAAUAGUUAAAUUGACCACACCUAAUGUUUUUGCUAUCUCUCUGAUGGGUUUGUUUCGAUUUUUCAGCCUAAUGAUGGCUCGCUUCACUGGCAGUCACAGCUCUUUGGACUACAUAUUGAGAGUUAACAGUAAUUACUUUAACAACUAAAGGUCUGCACUUGGAGCUCAUAUUCAUUAUUUAAUUUCAACUCCAAUAUACUGUGGUAGACAGUGAAAAUAAAAAUAAUUUUGUCAAUGUCCAAAUAUUUAUGUACCUCACUAUAAUACAUUUGUAUUAUACAGUGUGACUUAUGCUUGUCUGACACCUCAGAUGUAAUUAAAGUUUUUUUUAUUUUAUAAAAUGCUUGUGUUUUACAUUUUUAUUGUUUCAAUCAAGUAUGUUUCCAGUCAUAUAUUUUAAAUUCUAAAAUCUACCUUGUCUUGAGCUCAGUAAUGAUCAGUAUAAGCUGUACAAAUGGAAAUGGAGCUCCAAAGCCAUUACUGGGGAUCCUGCCCGUGUCGUGUGUUUGUGUGGGUGCACAUUAGCAGACUGAUGGCAGUGUAAACAUCACUAAAUCAAGAUUAUUCAUGUUCAUUAGAGGAGCUGAGUGUAGGUAUACAGUAUUUUUAGUAUUGUUGAACGAACAAACAAACAAACUCAAGGCACUUUCACCCUAAAAUAACACGA